CUGUUUCAGCUAAGUGACGAUCCAGUGCCGAACGUGAGAUUCAAUGUAGCAAAAACUCUUCUCCGUAUCGGACGCGUUAUUGACCAAGGGGUGGUAAACAGUCAGAUCAAGCCGUUACUGGUGAAGAUGUGUAACGAUAGCGAAUUCGAUGUCCGAUAUUUCGCGGAUGAGACGAGAAUGGGUUUGUUUGCUUUUUUUUUGUUGUUCUGUAAAAUACAGCGUUAG